AUGUACUCAAAACUUGACGUUGAAACAAUUGCCGUGAUUUUUUUCGCGAUUCUAUUGAACUACUGUGAUGGACAAACCACUCAAAACAUUAAUGUCAUUUUUGCAAACGAAGAAGGCAAUGUCGUAGCAGACAAAGCACUAGAAGUGGCAAUGACGUAUCUGAAGAAAAACAACAAACUUGGCAUCAAUGUAGAACUCAGAAGGGUUGUUGGCAACAGAACAGAUUCAACUGCCUUCUUGGAGUCAUUAUGUUCGACGUACAACUCGAUGCUCGUUAGCGAAACCUUUCCACACCUGGUUCUGGACACGACAAUGACAGGUCUGGCUUCGGAAACUGUCAAAUCUUUCACGCAGGCACUGGCAUUGCCUACUGUCAGUGCUUCCUUUGGACAAGAAGGGGAUGUGAGGCAGUGGCGUAACAUAGACGAGAACGAAACUAACUAUUUGAUACAAAUCAGCCCACCAGCUGAUAUAAUACCGGAGAUUGUAAGAACCCUUGUUCUGAAUCAGAAUAUAACUAAUGCUGCGAUACUCUACGAUACGUCUUUUGUGAUGGAUCAUAAAUACAAAUCUCUUCUACAAAAUGUGGCUACUAGACAUAUUAUAACACCCAUCAAGGAGACAAACCAAAUUGCCGAGCAACUCACCCAACUCAGGAAGUUGGACCUGGUCAACUUCUUCAUAUUAGCGAGUUUGAGAAACAUCAAGAAAGUACUUGAUGCUGCCGAUAGUCUAAGCUAUUUUAACAGGAAGUUUGCCUGGCAUGCCAUCACUCAAGAUGAUGGAGAACUGAAAUGCGUUUGUCGUAAUGCCACAAUCAUGUUUGUGAAACCUUCACCGAAUGCAGCAUACCAAGACAGACUGGGAACCAUGCAGAGAACUUAUCAGUUGAACACUGAACCGAUUAUUGCGUCAGCAUUUUAUUUUGACCUUGUACUGCAUUCAUUUCUUGCUAUAAGAGACAUAAUUUUAGAUGGUACGUGGAAGAAUGCUGGCAAUGAUUAUGUUUCUUGCGAUGAUUAUAAUGGCAAUAAUAGCCCUAAAAGGACGAACUUAGAUCUGAAGAAAUAUCUCAACAAGGAAAGUACUGAAACUCCAACCUAUGGACCGAUAAGUGUGAUCUCUAAUGGUCUGAGUUACAUGGAGUUCCAGAUGCAACUAACUUCAGUAGGAGUUAGAGAAGGUGCCUCGGAUAAAUCACUGAACUUGGGGACUUGGUUAUCUGGUUUCGACAAUAACUUGACCCUAGUUGAUGCUCAAGCGAUGGUCAAUUUGACAGCUGAUGUUGUUUAUAGAGUGAUAACAGUUGAGCAAAAACCGUUUAUAUUCAGAGAUGAAACCACUCGUAGCGGCUUCAACGGGUACUGCGUAGAUCUCAUUGACAAAAUCGCCGAGAUAUUGAAAUUCGACUACGAAAUCACAGCAGUUGAAAGUUUCGGAGUGAUGGACGAAAACGGGAAAUGGAAUGGUGCUGUGAAAGAACUGAUAGAGAAAAGAGCAGACAUUGGUCUCGGUUCCAUGUCUGUGAUGGCAGAGAGGGAAAAUGUUAUCGAUUUCACGGUACCCUACUAUGAUCUGGUAGGGAUCACUAUUUUGAUGAAGCUCCCGGAAACUCCUACCAGCUUAUUCAAAUUCUUGACUGUCCUGGAGAAUGAGGUUUGGUUGUGCAUUCUUGCAGCCUAUUUCUUCACAAGUUUUCUGAUGUGGAUUUUCGACCGUUGGUCUCCAUAUAGCUACCAAAACAACAGGGAGAAGUAUAAGGACGACGAAGAAAAACGAGAGUUCAACCUCAAAGAAUGUUUGUGGUUCUGCAUGACGUCAUUAACUCCACAAGGAGGGGGAGAAGCUCCAAAAAAUCUAUCAGGAAGACUUGUUGCUGCUACGUGGUGGUUGUUUGGAUUCAUCAUCAUCGCUUCUUACACCGCCAAUUUGGCAGCUUUUUUGACGGUGUCUCGGUUGGACACUCCUAUUGAAUCUCUGGAUGAUUUGUCGAAACAGUACAAGAUCCAGUACGCACCACUGAACAGUUCCUCUACGCAAACUUACUUCGAGAGGAUGGCCAACAUCGAAUCUAGAUUUUAUGAGAUCUGGAAGGACAUGAGCCUGAACGACAGCCUAUCAGAGGUCGAGCGCGCCAAGCUCGCCGUGUGGGACUACCCAGUCAGCGACAAGUACACCAAGAUGUGGCAAGCGAUGAAAGAGGCCGGCCUGCCGGCCAACAUGGAGGAGGCCGUUGACAGGGUGAGAGCCUCGAAGUCGUCCAGCGAGGGGUUCGCUUUCUUGGGGGAUGCGACCGACGUGCGAUACUUGGAGCUGACCAACUGCGAUCUGACCAGGGUGGGGGAGGAGUUUUCCAGGAAACCGUACGCGGUUGCCGUGCAACAGGGGUCGCCACUCAAGGACCAAUUCAAUACUGCUAUAUUGCAACUGUUGAAUCGUCGUGAAUUGGAACGUCUGAAGGAAAAAUGGUGGAACAAAAAUCCGGAAAAGAAAGACUGUGAUAAGGUUGACGAUCAAUCUGACGGAAUAAGUAUACAAAACAUCGGAGGAGUUUUCAUCGUUAUUUUUGUUGGUAUUGGUUUGGCUUGCGUCACUCUAGCUUUCGAAUAUUGGUGGUACAAGUACAGAAAAAACACAAAAAUCAUCGAUAUUCAAGAGGCACCCAAUCAACCACAGAAGGCACAAGCAAACCCAAAAAACAGGCAUCUUCUUGAGUCUAGACCACUAGAUAACCUCACGUUGAAGAACAAAACAGUAUACCCUAGACCUCGAUUUUGA